AUGAAAGGCAUUGAGGGAAUCAUCGGGGAGAUGGUUUGGAACCAAGUUAAGCAUAGGAUUAAUUUGGACCAAUUCGGCUGUUCACAGGGUGUCAGCACCACCGAUGCUCUCAUAAGUCUGUUAAAUGAGUUCUUUUCUGCAACUGACCAGGGGGAUGAAAUGAGACUCCGUCUGUUAGACUUCAAAAAGGCUUAUGACCUUAUUGACCAUAACAUUCUUAUUAAUAAAUUAUUUAAAUUAGGAAUCGAUGGUAAUCUAAAAUCUUGGAUUUAUGCAUUUCUCUUAGAGAGAAAACAACGGGUUAUGCUGGGCAAUGUUGUCUCUCCAUGA